CCGGGAUCAGUUGCUUGGGAAGCAGCCGGUCUGCUACGUGAUGGAAAAAUUUAUCAUCAGUUUUACUUAAAGCAUAAUAUUUAUGAGAAAAAAUGGCAAUUUUACUACGAAGUUAUCUCCGUGUCUUAGAGAAGCAUCCAUUGCUUACAAUGUCUUGCACUACAGGCACAUUAAUGGCAACUGGAGAUGCCAUAUCACAGACAGUAGUGGAAAGAACAGGGAAAUUUGACCUUGUCCGAAAUGGAAGAUUUUUAGUUUUUGGUGUGUUUAUUGGAGGUCCAUUAUUUAGGGGUUGGUACUUCUCAAUAGAUAAGAUAUUUGGCAAAACAAAGUAUGCACCUAUGAAAAUGAUGCUAGCAGAUCAGGGAUUAUUUGCACCAGUGUUUUUGCCAUUUUUUCUCUUCACCAUGGGAGUUAUGAGACAAGACCCUGUACAUGAAAUUGCAGAAAAAGUUAAGAAGGAUUAUUAUGAUGUCAUGACAACAAACUGGAAGAUUUGGCCUGCUGCUCAGAUAAUUAAUUUUACAUUCGUGCCUCUUCAACACAGAAUAAUGGUGGUUAACCUGGUGUCUGUAGGCUGGAACUGUUACAUGGCCUGGAUCUCCGAGAAAGAACACGAGGAUGUGGUCCUACACCACCACCCCCCGACAGAACAAAAGAUCCACAACCACCCCCAAACAGAACAAAAGAUCCAUACCAAAACCUCGAUACCCAAGUCAUCAUUAGCGAGCUGUUCAAAUAAAGAACGAUGACAAAUGUAGUAGGUCGAUUCUACCGAUUGUUGCCCAAGAUGUCCUCCGAUAUCUACGUUACAUGGAGACCAAUAUAAUGUCUGGUGCACCUUUUGUAUUUUUAAUCUUCGAGGUGAAAUAGACUAGGCAGGACCAAUAUACGUAUAGUUUAUUUUCCAUUUUAUACAUUUUUUUAUAUUUAUUCUUAUUGAUGUAACGCCACUUUAAAUUAGAAAUGCGAUAUUAUAAUUUUAGGGCAUUGUUGAGCAUUUGUUUGUGGUAUUAUAUUGUUGGGUACUAGUAUCCUAUAUUUGCUGAUUCAUUAUUAUUUAAAGUAAACACCGCCAACACCCUCCCCACUCCCCUGGUAUUUUCCUCCUUUUGUAAAUUAUCAAUAUUUGAUUAGUUUCAAGCUUUUAUCCUGAAUUCACUUUCCAUGGCAACAAAACUAUUCACAUGUAACAAUGUAAGAAACAGUAUAAAAAUCUAUAUUACCAUAUUUUUGCAACUGCAUGGUGUUCUUUUUUAAAUGACUCACGCGGUCCUGUAUUCUUUUGAAUUUUCAGCAGUUUUUAAAAGUGUCAUUCAGAUAUUAAAAACAAUGGAAGUUAUGCUUUAUAGUUUUGUACCCAUUUUUUCACAUUUGUUAAAAACAAAAUAAUGCAUGUGUUUUUUGCUUAUUGAUAAGGUAAUAUAAAACGAUAAGACGUGUUCAUUGUUUUUUUUUAUGCAUUUAUUUUUAGUGACAGUUUGUAAAUUACGAUAUUUUACACCCUUUCAGUGGGAGUUUUAAAGUCAUUGAUAAACCUAGAGCUUCGAGCAUUGGUAAAUUGUCCAAUGUCCGUUCCCUAUAAAUGUUCCAUUUGAAAAUGGUUUCCCUCUUGCCCUGUAUAUAAUUUUUUGUACAGUUAGAUUUUUUUAAAAUUAUGAUCUUUGUAAGCUUGUUUGACAGUUUUGUCAUCUCUUCCCCCGGUUUUUCACAUUCUUCUUUAGGCCUUAUAGUUUUGUUAACUUAAGGAAGUCCUUUAUUUAAAAAAAAUUAGCAUAAAAUGAACGUGUGAAAGGCAAUACAUGUACAUGUACUUGCAUAUAUUGCUAUACAAUAAGCUUUUAUUUGACAUCACAAUACAUGUAUAAACAAUUAAAGCUGUGAA